AUGCCAGCCACUGAGAGCUUUCUUCGGCUCAACGACGAGAUCGUCAACGAGCUCGGCACCUCGACGAUGCUAUACACCCCAGCCAUCUGGGAUAUGUCUCGGUCGUCCCAUCGCGCAGUGGCCUGGGAUUCGCCCGUGGAGGGCCGACCGCUGUCUCUCGUGGGACGAGUGGACGGGCAAGCCGCCCAGCUCGAGCCUCCUUCGUUCCCGCCGGAGCAGGUAUACCGCGGCUACGCCCGCUGCGUCGGUGGCGACGUAUCGAAUGAAUCAUCGUGGCCAACCCCGCGGUCGGAACGUCCGGACGUCUCAUCCGCUGCCGGCGCCUCCGUCCUCGCAACCCGGUCCGGAGAGCCGUCUUGCGCCCCGGCCCGGACGUUUGCUGCUGGUCGGUCCUCCAACCUGGAGACUCCACUCGACUGGGUCCAAGGAGCUGCUACUACGGACGCUGGAUGGCGGCGUGUCUCCGACCGAGACGACGGCUGCGGACCCUCGUCAGAAGAUCCGGAAUGGGCGGCCCGCAAGGAGCACGGAGAGGAGUUGGCGGCGCAGUUGACUGGCGUCGGGUGGCCCCAUUCCGUCAAGCCUCAGGCUCUGCUCGGGUUGGUCGAGGUGGUCCGCCUCGGCCUCGGGGAGAAAAUGGUUCUCUUCGCGCCGUCCCUUCCGGUGCGGUUGCCUUGGAGUGGGUUAGUUACCAUUAUUGCGGGGGGCCUCCGCGUCGGGAUUACGUUCAUAUGGAAUGCAUACAGAAAGCAGACGGUACUGAGCAAACAAUAG